UACUUCUACUAAGAGGAAGUACUACAGCCGCGCCUCGUAGCGCCUACCCUGGAGCACCACCGCCUGCACCGGCCACACUAAAGGGUGCCCAGCGACCCGCUAUGACUAGUCCGGCCAGCGGCAUUCCCGGUGCACCGUACAGAGGCACUACCUGGGCGCAGGGUUACGCCCCAACACAACCAACCUACCGAUACACUGCGCCGCAGACCUAUGCAUAUACACCACACACGACGACCCAGUACGGACAGCGUGUGCCGACAGCAGCGUCGCCCAGCAACACGAACUCGAGCAGCUCGUCCAACACCGGUUCGCAGAGCGGCACCCUGAGCACGAGCCUGAGCAACACGACCAACACGAACAACACGAUGGGUCCUAGCAACACGCCACAGCAGACGGAGCAGCUGUCCAAAACGAACCUCUACAUUCGCGGCCUGCAACAGGGCACGACCGACAAGGAUCUUGUCAACAUGUGUGCACAGUAUGGUAACAUCAUCUCUACAAAGGCAAUAUUAGAUAAAACAACAAACAAGUGUAAAGGAUACGGAUUUGUUGACUUCGAGUCGCCAUCGUGUGCCGAGGGUGCCGUCAAAGGGCUUCAAGCGAAGGGCAUCCAAGCUCAGAUGGCCAAAGUGGGUAUCUGGGUGCUACAUAGGCCGGCCAUUCAACAGGAGCAGGAUCCUACCAACCUGUACAUCGCGAAUCUUCCCUUGAACUACAAAGAGACGGACGUUGAAAAUCUGCUGUCCAAGUACGGCCAGGUCAUCUCGACCCGAAUUCUGCGCGAUCAGAAUGCACAGUCGAAAGGUGUCGGUUUUGCACGAAUGGAAUCACGGGACAAGUGUGAGCAAAUUAUUCAGAUUUUCAACGGUACACAGUUGCCGGGCGCCAAGGAACCACUGCUAGUGAAGUUUGCCGACGGUGGCUCCAAGAAGAAGAACCCGUUCAAGAGCCCGGACCCGAACACGCGAACCUGGCGCGAGGGAGCGGAAGGUAUCCCGGUUACCUACGAUCCGAACAUGCAGCAGAACGGAAUCGGUGUCAAUGUCGGUACGCACAUCAACAUGCCGUACAGAGGGUUCAGUACACCGCAGGUCGGAGGCUAUGCCGUGCCCGGUUCCCAGUGGGUGCCAAGCUACAUGAUGACACAGGCGAUUGCACCGCAAUACGUUCAGGUUCCCGCUUCUCACCUGAGCGUGGGUACACCGUACAAGACGGACGGUGUGACGCCGGUGCAGCCACGGGGUGUCUCGAUGAUCAUGUCCAGUGAUAACCCAGCAGCCGUCCAGUACGGCAUGAUGCCACAGUUGGCAACACUGCAGAUUGGCUCCUCGUACAUCAGCCCAACCUAUCCGUACUAUCCGACCCAUCCGACGUCGGUAAUCCACACGCUGCAGAUGGGCGAUACGGAACAGGCGAGCACAGCCGCCUCACCCGACGAAGCAUACACCACGCAGUAUCAGCACGCUCCGAAGUAG